UUGUGUGAUUUUUUUGGUUAUCCUGAUGGAGAGCUGCUGGAAUUUUCUAAGAAACAGUGGAAGGCCUGAAAGGAAAGUUACUUUGGCCAUUCUGGGACUUGAUAAUGCGGGGAAAACUACCACAGUCCAAAGCAUUCAAGGAGAAAACCCAGAAGAUGUAUGCCCUACUGUGGGGUUUUCUCCCGUGGACCUGAAACAGGGACAGCAUGAUGUGACCAUCUUUGACCUUGGUGGGGGAGAGCAUAUUCGUGGCAUGUGGAAGCACUACUUCUCCGAGUGUCAUGGUGUGAUGUUUGUGGUGGACUCCAGUGAUGUCCAGCGCAUGAAGGAAACCAAGGACACGCUGGCCAAGGUUCUAAGACACCCCUGCAUCACGGGAAAACCAGUUCUUCUCCUGGCAAACAAACAGGACAAAGAAGGAGCCCUGCAGGAGGCAGAUAUCAUAGAUCGCCUGAUCCUGAAAACACUUGUGAAACUGAACGAAUGCCACUAUAAAAUACUGAGUAUUGUGCCGUGUUCUGCUGUGAUGCCCCUUGGGAAGAAGGCCAUUCAGGGUGGGCUGGAGUGGCUUCUGAAGAUUGUGGGCAGGGGCUAUAACCACAUCAAUGAGCGCGUGCGGAAGGACACGGCCGAGCAGAGGGAGCAGGAGGAGGAGUACAGGAGAGAGCGGGCAGAGAGGGUGCGCAAGGUUCGAGAGGAGAGGGAAAGGAGAGAGCGGGAGAAGGCUGAGCCAGAGGAGGCUGAGGGUAAGACUGCAGAGCUGGAUCAGGGGGAGAAGAGCAUCAUGGGCAACCCUGUCCAGUCAUUCGGAGACAUCAUCCCAGAGGAAUGGAGGAGCAGAGACUCCUGGAAUUUUGACGGGCUUGGGCAGAGUGCCGUGUGCUCAGGGAGACGGAUGGACAGGAGAGCAGAGGGCCUCGGUCCUGCCACUGGGACGCGGUAUUUAUCCACGUCCGCCGUGUCCACCGCCAACAGCUCGUAA